AGGCAGCACCAGCCGGGUUAACGCUAUGCUGACGUGUCGAACCUCUUGCUCCGGAAGACUUUAUUUCAGCCGGCCUGUGCGGUCGAGAAGUGCCCCCAUUCGCUCCCAUUCAUUCUGCUCCCACGGACCCGGAAAUAUUUUGACGUGUGUGUAUGCAUGGCAAAGUGUGUUUCCGGUAUAACGUGUGUGUUGAUCGUUGUUCAGCCUUUUUUCCUCUUGGCUUUCAGUAGAAGAGUCACUCACUCCAAGAGUCCCAGCUCCCUCACCUGGUCACCCCCUUAACGGCGUUAUAUAUCUAAACCGGUGGACAUGGCAUCUGUUUCGGCACAAGCUCAGGCAGCGCCUUCUCCGGCUGCGUCUCUGCAAAGAGGAAUUGUGAAGAUGGUCUUGUCAGGCUGCGCCAUCAUUGUUCGGGGCCAGCCUCGAGGUGGCCCACCCCCGGAGCGUCAGAUCAAUCUCAGUAAUAUCCGAGCAGGGGCCAUGGCCCGUCGAGCCGCCCAGGGCCAGCCCGACACCAAGGACACCCCCGAUGAGCCAUGGGCCUUUCAAGCCAGAGAGUUCCUGCGGAAGAAGCUAAUCGGCAAAGAAGUGUGCUUCACUGUGGAAAUCAAGACCGCUUUGGGCCGGGAGUACGGCAUAGUCUACCUGGGGCGAGACACUACAGGCGAGAAUAUCGCUGACUCUUUGGUGAAUGAGGGCCUGGCCACAGUCCGCCGAGAAGGAAUCAGGGGGAACAAUCCAGACCAGGCCAGACUCUGUGACUUGGAGGACCAGUCUAAAGCUUCCAAGAAGGGCUUGUGGAGUGAGGGUGGCGGUACACACACCAUCCGCGACGUCAAGUACACCAUAGAGAACCCCCGCAACUACAUCGACUCCUUGCAUCAGAAACCUAUCAACGCCAUCAUCGAGCACGUUCGAGACGGCAGCGUUGUUCGUGCCUUGCUGCUCCCCGACCACUACCUGGUCACCGUCAUGCUUUCUGGAGUCAAGUGUCCCACGUUCAAGCGAGAAGCGGACGGCACGGAGUCGACGGAGGCUUUCGCGGCGGAGGCCAAAUUCUUCACCGAAUCCCGUCUUCUGCAGAGAGACGUUCAGAUCAUCCUGGAGAGCUGCCCCAACCAGAUCAUACUGGGCUCCAUCCUUCACCCGAACGGUAACAUAACAGAACUCCUACUGAAGGAAGGCUUUGCCCGCUGCGUCGACUGGUCCAUGGCCGUCUACACCCAGGGAGCCGAGAAACUCAGAGCUGGUGAACGAUCUGCCAAAGAGCGCAAGGUUCGCAUCUGGAAGGACUACGUGGCACCCACAGCCAACUUGGACCUGAAGGACAGACAGUUUGUAGCCAAGGUGAUGCAGGUGGUGAACGCUGAUGCCAUGGUGGUGAAGCUCAACUCUGGAGAACUCAAGACCAUCCACCUGUCCAGCAUUCGCCCCCCUCGAAUUGAGGGAGAGGAGAAGAACAAGGACAAAGACAAACGUUUCCGUCCGCUCUACGACAUCCCCUACAUGUUCGAGGCCCGAGAGUUCCUGAGGAAGAAGCUCAUCGGUAAAAAGGUCAAUGUGACAGUUGACUACAUCAGAGCAGCUACCGGUCCGGGAGAAAGCACCCCUGCAUUCUCAGAACGCACCUGUGCCACAGUCACAAUUGGCGGCAUUAACAUAGCAGAGGCUCUGAUCAGUAAGGGCCUGGCCACAAUCAUCAGAUACAGACAGGAUGACGACCAACGCUCCUCCCACUACGACGAGCUGCUUGCCGCAGAGGCUCGGGCCAUCAAGAACGGGAAAGGGCUGCACAGCAAGAAGGAGGUGCCCAUCCACAGAGUGGCCGAUAUCUCUGGGGAGACUCAGAAAGCCAAGCAGUUUUUGCCCUUCCUGCAGAGGGCUGGCCGCUCAGAAGCCGUGGUCGAAUACGUCUUCAGCGGAUCCCGCCUCAAGCUGUACAUGCCCAAAGAAACCUGCCUCAUCACAUUCCUCCUCGCCGGUAUUGAGUGUCCACGCAGUUCCAGGAAUAUGCCUGGAGGCGUGCAGGUGGCCGAGCCCUUCAGUGACGAGGCCAUGCUGUUCACCAAAGAGCUGGUGCUGCAAAGAGAGGUGGAAGUUGAAGUGGAGAGCAUGGACAAAGCGGGGAACUUCAUCGGCUGGCUGCACAUCGAGGGUGGGAAUCUGUCGGUCGCGCUGGUAGAAAACGCUCUGUCCAAGGUCCACUUCACGGCCGAGCGCAGCGCCUACUACAAAACCUUGACCUCGGCAGAGGAUGCGUGCCGAGAGAGGAAGGAGAAGAUCUGGGCCAAUUAUGAGGAGAAACCAGUCGAGGAGGUUGUGUACGUAACGGAAGAGAAGGAGCGAGCGGCCAACUACAGAGCCGUGUACGUCACCGAAAUCUGCGACACCCUGCACUUCUACUCCCAGGACGUAGAGACAGGGGCCCAGUUGGAGAAUCUGAUGGAGACCAUGAGGGCCGAGAUCGCCGCCCAGCCGCCCGUGGAAGGGUCCUACGCUCCGCGCCGAGGGGACAUCUGCCUCGCCACGUUUGCUGACGGCGAAUGGUACAGAGCCAGAGUGGAGAAAGUCGAGUCACCGUCAAGGGUCCACGUCUUCUACAUUGACUACGGCAAUAGAGAAGUUGUGUCGUCCACUCGUCUGGCUGCCAUGCCCCCUGCCUUCGGCACCAGGACCCUGCCAGCACAGGCCACCGAGCAUGCCUUCGCCUACAUCCAGGUCCCACAGGACGAGGAUGUUCGCGCGGACGUGGUGGACUGCAUUGUGCGGGACAUCCAGAACACCCAGUGCCUGAUGAACGUGGAGUACUCGGGUGCCACCUGCCCACAUGUCACAAUACAGUUCGGCGACACCAAGGACGACGUGGGCCUCAACCUGGUCAAGGAGGGCUUGGUCAUGGUGGACGUCCGCAAGGAGAAGCACCUGCAGAAGAUUGUGACCGAAUACCUGAACAGUCAAGAAUCUGCCAAGAGUGCCCGGCUCAAUAUUUGGCGCUACGGAGACUUCCGUGCGGACGACGCCGUCGAGUUCGGUUACAGACGUUGAAAAAAAAAAAAAAGAUAAAAAAAUGGGAGAAAAUAAACCGAACCCGACCAUCCAAUCAACACCAUUCCAAAGACCACCUUGGACGGCGAGUGACGCAUUGGACAGAAGACAGAUGACGAAUAAACUAAACGACAAGCAUCGACUCGAUCCUCUUUUCUUUUUUGUAUUUUACAUCCCUCCAGUCCACACUUCUUUUUUUCUGCUCAUAUUUAAUAGUUUUUCUCCAGCUAGCCCCCCCCCUAGCUCCAAAUAGAGCAUGCUAGCAAUGCUGAAUGGAUACAUGAUCAUAAGCAUCUCUUUCAUACAUCCUUAAUUUUCUUAAUGGCUCACUGCCAGCUCAAGCAGCCUGCACUAUUGCCAAUCUGUGUUAUUUGCCAUGUUACCUUUUCAGCAGACUUCCUGUGUGAAUGAUAAGUAUGAUACUUACGUGUUUCAGCCAAUCGUGUUCUUUGCUCUCUGACGCUCUCGCCCAAAUCCCUGCUUUUCAAAUAAAUGCUUCCCUAAUGAAUUUCAUGUAAAUGUGAGGAUAUGUUGAAAAGUGUAAAUUGAUUUAUUUUAGAGAAAUACUGUAGGUGGAGCCACACAGAUUAAAAAAAAAAAAAAAAAAAAAAAAAAAAAAAGGAGGAGUUUAUUUUUGUCUUCAAUGUAAUAUCUGUGUGAUUACAUUUGCGGAUGUUUUUGAGGGGAGUGUUUUUGUCGUUUAUUUACUUAUGUCACACUUUUAUGACCAGUAAAAACAAGAUGCCGUCAUUUGGCAUUUUUUUAAUCAUCUCUCUUUCUCCUUCUGUAAAGUUUACAUUCUAAUAAUGGUUAUGAUCAUGUCUCGGGCAGUGUCUUCUCUUUUUCUGUCUCUGUAUGCCACAGCGGAAAAAAAAAAAACAACGUGUUUGAAUUUGUUUCCAAAUAAUGGAACUUUGCAUUCUAUUAAAAAUCUGCUGAAUAAAAAUAAGCAAACGUUUAA